UCAUUGUAAACUCCCUUUACACGUCUCCCGACACUCGACACAACUGACUUCAUGCAUCGGUUACCGGGUGAAAUAAGAAAAUAUUUCCCCACCUUCCACAAUGACUGCCGAACUGAUUCAAAGUGUUGUGGAAAUCAUGGAUUCUGCGCACAAUUAUCGCUAUGAGUUGGCUGAAGUAAAUGACGAGCUCAAAUAUCUCCAAGAUCAGAUAAAUGUCAGCAGCGAUGCAGCCCAUAAACAAGUGGAGACUCACUUUGCUCGUUUGAAAAAUGCUGUGGUAUCAGCUCUGGACCAGCGACUGGCCGACUUAAAGAACGACAUUGAAAACAUUCGGAUAGACGCUUUAAAGCCUCUGGAAGAAUGCCAAGCUCUGGUGAAUGAAAAUCUUGGGUCUGCUGCUGUAGUGAUGGACGAAGGUGCAUCAAUACUGGCUGACAAUCCAGAAGCCAACUGUGAGAAGAUUGUGAAGUUUAAGGAAAAUCCAAAGACCAAAGCUCUUUCGAGUGUCCCUGCCAUCCCCACUCCUUCAGAAGUCGCCUGUGUGAAUGUGGUUUUGUCUCACGAUAUUGAGAAGUAUAUCGAGUCGACUGUGUUAUCAGAAGGCCGCAUUCUUGCCCGAGCUCCUGUCCAGAUCUCUGAAGUUAUUGAAAAGCCAGGAGGUCUCUUAGUGAAUUGGAGUGAGAUUGAUGAAGAGAGCGACAUCACAGAGUUCUGGCUGCAAUACGCAUCCGGUAAUCACAAAUCCUCUGACAGUGCAAACGCUGUGUACCACACAGCGUAUGUGGGGACGUCAGGCUGCUAUUUGAUCAAGCAUCUGCGCACCAACAGUCCCUACACGCUGCGUGUGUGUGGGAGGGGCGAGUCGGACACUCCCUGGUCUGCCUGGAGUAUCCCCAAAGUUGCCUCCACUGCCAUAGAGCAUUACAAGUGGAGUCCGUCAGAGAGCAAGGCAUACUGCUUGAGCAACGAAGACAAAGUUGCGACCCGCACUGCUGAGGGUGUUUCCCAUGUGCUGUAUUCCAGCGAGGCCAGCUUUAAGCAGGACAAUACGCUCACCAUAAAAAUCCUCGACGAUGCUGACAAGUCACCCGGAGACGGGCUCUGUAUAUCCACGAAGAACAGCGACGUUGAGUUCUUUGGCCAAGAGGAGAUUAUUUUUGUGAACUUAUACGGUAGUGUGUAUGUGAAUGGGCAAGAGAUGACCAUGAAGCUGCCGGAAAUCAGGAAAGGCUCUAUAGUUGCUUUUCAGGCGGAACUCCUGCCAAACGGCAAGGUCAGGGUCAGUGUGCAGCACGAGGACAAAGAGUUGACCUUUGACUGGAAGAUCGAGGUCCCACCUCCCUCUUCUGCUGGACCAAGUAUGCUGCUUGGGAUGGGAGCAGGGGAGCCGGCGGAAGACAGGCUAGCUCUGUACUUUGGGAUCAAGUUUAGCCAGGAAGAGUGGAAAAUAGCUGUAGAUUGAGUUGUCGUUUUUUCCUUCUCGGUUAAUUUUCCAAUUUGUCUCUUUCAUUCUUUCACCGUUGGUGGUUGAUGGGCAUUCUGGCGUUGUUUGCUCCUUCUUUCCUGUCAAAACAUCUAUUGUCCUUAUCUCUCCUUCUUUUCUUUGUACGUUA